CAGGUUUUCAGAUAUAAGGGCCACUGAUUGUCCUGAAUCCAGAUGCAUGCAGACCACAACAUGGAGGCGAAACUCUUUAACAGAAAUGGCUGGAAAAGUUUAGGUGCAGAUAGAGCUCCAUGCAGGUGUCACAUUAAAACAGGAUUCUUUCUGUUACUUACAUUAGUGUUCUUAGUGACUGCCAUUACUUACGUCUCUGAAUUCUCUUUCAAUGCUGUGUUCCCUGACACCUUUUGUAAAAAGGUGCUGAAUCAGAUACGCUCCUAUUAUGUGGCAACUGAAUACCUGUCUGCCAGACAUAAUCAAACAUUUUUAGCAACCAACAGUGUCCAACAGAGUCCUACACAAACCACAAACUUGUCUGUGAAUCAUCAUGUGGCCCAUCCAAGCAACUAUCAUUUCAUCCUAGAUGAACCUGAUAAAUGUAGUCAGUGGGAUCCGUUCUUGGUCUUGAUGGUCCCUGUGGCCCCCCAUCAGCUGGAGGCUCGUAACGCCAUCCGCAGCACAUGGGGGAAUGAGAGCUCAGUGCAGGGAAAAGCAGUGCUGACUCUGUUCUUGGUGGGUUUGACUGGAGGAGCUGAAACUCAACAGCAGCUGGAGGAAGAGAGUCGACAACACGGAGAUUUAGUGCAGAGCAACUUUGUGGACUCCUACUUCAAUCUGACCAUAAAGACCAUGGUGAUCAUGGACUGGCUGGCCACUCGUUGCCCUCAAGCAGCUUAUGCUAUGAAGGUUGAUUCUGAUAUGUACAUAAACCUGGAGAACCUGAUGAGCCUCUUAUUGUCACCCAACACACCCAGACAGAACUACAUCACAGGGUAUUUGAUGUGGGACCGGCCUGUCGUCAGAGACAAAAACUCUAAAUGGUACGUGGCAGAGGAAUUGUACCCUGAACAGAAAUACCCCACAUACCUGCAGGGAAUGGGAUAUGUUUUCUCCAAUGACUUGCCAGAAAAAUUAGUUGAGGCUUCCAAGAAAAUAAAGCCCUUUAACAUAGAAGAUGCAUAUGUGGGUGCUUGUCUGAAACAGUUGGGCAUUGCACCCUCAUCUCCCCCAGACCCUUCUCAAUUUAAAGCCUAUAUGUGGCAAUAUAAGCGAGAGGAUUUUCUCAGAGUUAUCACAACAAUCCUGAGUUCCCCACAGCAGCUAAAAGAUAUUUGGAAGGAUGUAAAGAGGCCCUCAUAAAACAAAUCAGAAUGGAAUAAAUUAGUGGUAGACUUCAUUUGAUUUAUGAAAGACUGUAAGACAAUAGUAGACACAGUCAGUGUAAUAAAGACUAGAAAAUGUAAAUCUAUUUGUUUGUAUACCUCAUACAGUAAAUAGUUAUUUAUAAAUUUAUUUUUUUCUAUAAUUUUUUCUUAUCUUAUGAUAUCGCUGGGGUAUAUUUGUAGCAAUAGCCAAGAAUAUAUUGUAUGGGUCAGAAUUACAGAUUUUUCUUUUAUGCCAAAAUUCAUUAGGAUAUUAGGUAAAGAUCAUGUUCCAUUAAGAUAUUUUGUAAAUUGCCUACUAUAAAUAUAUCAAAACUUAAUUUUUUAUUAGUAAUAUGCAUUGCUAAGAACUUCAUUUGGACAGCUUUAAAGGAAAUUUUCUCAAUAUUUUGAUUUUUUUUGUUGUGCACAGAUUCCAGGAGCC